AUGAUGAGGUUGGUGGCUGCGUACAUGAGAGGUGUUUGUGGAGUUGUUUACCUGGAGUUGAAGUUUAAUAAAGGCGAGGCCAUAGAGAGCUGCUUAGAUUGUGGCCACCAAGGGUUGGUGCUCGAUGUGGCACCCUUGCCAGUGGCUGAAGGUUUAAGCCCAAUCGUUCUUGAGAACCAAAAACGAAGAGCAAAACAGCAGGUGAUGAAAGAGUCAAGCGAAGGGGAGAAUGAAUCGAUUGCUCAUGGUGGACCCAUUUACAUUCCCAAUUUGGUGGGUCCUCUCACUAGCAUUCCUGAAUUCCAGUCUGCUCUUCUCAGUGAGCUUCAGAAUUUACAGUCAGAACUGUCCUUGGAUUCUUCGGAACUCUUGAAUGACAUUGAUCUUUCGGUUGAUGAGCUUAAAAUUUUUAGUGAGGAAGAGUUGGUAGAUAUGGCCUUGAAGGAAGCUUUUAAGGAUGACGAGAAUAUUGGAAGUUCCUCAGAGCCUUUUGCAGAAUGCUCAAAUGGAAGGUUUAUUAUGAUACUGUUGAGAUCAGAUACCCUUAACUCUCACAUUAUGUAUGCUCAAAAUUCUUGCCUUCCUUUUCCGAGAAUAUGUCUAUCAAAAGCAUUUGGUUAUAUUUCAUGUUUUACCAUUGAUGAAUAUAAGUCAGAUCUGCAAACAAGAAUAGUUGCAUUAAGGCAAAGGUGGAAAAUGAUUGUUGCCAAUGGCCAACCUCAUCUAGUUUGGGAUUGGGAUAAUUUUGAUUUAGUUGAAUCAACUUCUCUGUCUGCUUCCUUCUGUUUCCUCUUCUCCAUUUUUGUUUCAGCAGAGAUGACAGCCUUAGAUUGUGCAACAAUAAAGAUUCAUUCUCACAAAGCUCUAGGACAAGAAGGGACACUUCAGCUCCUCUGGAAUCAUCAAAUGGAUCUCAUUCUGGCACCAGUUGAGAGUUACCUGACGAAGGUGGAUGGUCUGGUAAAAAUAAAACAAAAGCAGGAUGAAGACAAAGCAAUGGCUUGUCUGCAUUCCUUCAAUUGCAAGAUCAAUUUCAGUGGCAUUCCUUCCUUAUGUAGAACCAAAACGAUGCAAUCCCUCAGGUCCACAAAUUUAAAUCAGCCGAAGUCUUCAGUUGUUCAAGAACACACACCUGUGAUGGUUCCAGAGGUUGUUAUUUGUGUUGAGAUUUACCACAACAUACGUAAAUGGUUAAAGACUCAAGAGUUCUUUGUUCUAGGAGGACAAACCUUGACUGAAAUGAGGGAUAAGAUUUAUUGCUUGACAGACCAGGUGAUGCAAAAGGCGGGGCAGCAUGAUCCUUCAGGAUAUUUUCUUGUAGAAGAUGUUUUUUGCAAUGAUCUGAGAGAUACAUCUGCUAUAGAUUAUAGUGAACCUAUAAUUGAUUGGCUUAGAAACCAAAAAGCUGAUGCUCUUAGAAAAUGGGAGUGUAUCAUAAGCGGUGACUUGCAACAAAAGCAAAAAGCAGUUGUAGGUGAAUCAACCACUCCAUCUUUACCUCAGCUUAGACGUGUCAACAUGCAGAACACACGGUUUUGUGACUUGAGAUUUCGUCUUGGAGCGGGAUAUCUUUACUGUCAUCAGGGAGAUUGUAAGCAUACAAUUGUAUUCAGAGACAUGAGGUUGAUUCAUCCUGAUGAUUUACAAAAUCUUGCAGCUUAUCCUAUAGUCAGUUUUCAAAUAAAAUUUCGUACCCAGAAAUGCAUGGUAUGCAGGAUUUAUAGAGCUGUAAAGGUGACCGUGGAUGACAAAUGGGCCCCAGAUAACCCCUGCUAUUUCUGUAAAGAUUGCUAUUACCUACUUCACCACUCUGAGGACGGCUCUUUACUAUACAGUGGCUUCUCUGCAUAUGACUAUGUCCAUGAUUAA